UUGCUGCUUAGUUUAUAUUCGUUUCAAAUAUUCUAAGAAAUACAAAUGAUCGAAUGUGAAAAUAGUUUGUUUUCGUUGGUCACAAUUGGCUUUUAUUAUACAAGGUGGGGCAAAUCAAACAGUGCAGUUUUGAAGGUUGGUACUUCCGGUGUGGUGGGUAUAAUCCUAUCACGAUAGUUUCAUGUUGUCGCGCAGGCCAUGCCAUUAUUAGUCAUUACCAUGGUUUGGUCAUUAUGCAGAUGAUUUUACGGAACAAGGAUUCUGCAUUGAUCAUCGAGUUUCUAAAACAUGUGAAGGACAAUGAUGACAUCAACAUGAUUCAUGGCAAUUCUACUGCGUUGUAUAUAGCUGUUGAAAGAAAAUUGAAAGACGUGGUGGAGUACAUUGUUGGGAGAGAUGCAGAUAUGAAUAAAAAGUUUAAUAACGGGAGUACACCUUUGCAUGAAUCGAUCAAAAGUGAAAGUGUUGAUAUAACGAAAAUCCUUCUACAAAAUGGGGCGGACAUCGAAGUAAAAAAUAAAACAGGUGAAACACCACUGCAUUUGGCCGUCAAAUACAAUAAUCCUGAUCAAGUCAGGACGCUGAUAAUAAACGGUGCAGACGUAAAUGCUACAGAUGCUGAGGGAGCAACUCCUCUACAUGCUCUGUGCUUUAAAAAAUCAUUUAAUUUUGAAAUGUAUGAGCUACUGCUAGAGAAGUGUGACGUUAAUGCAAAGGACGUCGAUGGAAAUACACCGUUGCAUAAUUUGAUGAGAUCCUUACCGCAAGACUCAUCAAUAUCAAAGAAAAAAAAAUUGAUUAAUUUAUUUUUGAAAUAUGGCGGGAAUUUACACGAACCAUGCCCUUCCUUAGCCCUAGGUACAGUAGUACAUGUUGCAGCCAUUGUAAAUCAUACUGUUCCGUUUUUGACCUUCUUAAUAGAAAAAGGUGCAGAUAGAACCUUUGCGGAUAUAAGAACUGUAACAUUCAUGCAUUGCAUACAAGCGAGGAAAAGCGUAGAUCAAGUUACAGAAGUACUGAAGUUUUUGUUCGUUCGAGAAUGUGCAAGGAAAUUUCAAUUUACCGAUAAUCUUUUGAGAUUCAUUGAGUCAGACGAAAAAUUCAUUGAUUUCCAGAAGUCAUGCAAAAACGAGCUACGCAUUCUCAAGGAUCAAAAAUUGACAGAUAACGAUUCUAUUUCAUUGUUCACGGCGUUGACAACUAAUGAGAGGGAUUUAGCUAAUCUUUAUCGUCAUGAUCCUUCAAGAACCAUUGGAAUCACUGAUUCUGAAUUGGAAAGGUUUCCCAUUUAUGGAAAUGAUUUAGUAAGAAAUCAUAAAAAGGCUGUAGCGAUACUUGAUGCAGAAAUUUUAAUAUGCGAUUUCCUGACAAAAAUUAGUAAGAAUGUUUUGGAUCAAAAUUCAAUUGAUGAGAUCGUAAACUUCGUACCUACUCAGGAUUGAGUCAAAUUACCUCCAACAUUAAUUUAAUUAUACUCUGGCAUAGUUCUAUUUAUGGAGCUCUAUUGAAGGAAAUGAACAG